UGAGACAGGUUUAGCCUAGGGUGUUUCAGUAGUACAAGGUGUACGACAACAGUCAGUUGCGACCGAUUUUAAAUGAAUACACCAUUCGUAAAGAUGAUGAUGAAUAGUUCUGUUUUUUGUUCUUCUUUAGAUCACAAAAUAAUUUGCAGUGACAAUUCUCUGUCACCUAAACCGAACUUCAUUCAAAGCGAAGGUUCAAUACAGAUGCCUGACACAUAGUCAGUUUUAUGUUUUCUACAGACACACUUGCAGCAAGGAUUAUUGGGGGCCAAGAGGUUGUGCCAUACUCCAUCAAAUAUCAAGCAUCCCUGCAGUAUGACACCAGGCAACACUACUGUGGAGCAACCCUGGUUCACCCCCAGUGGGUGGUCUCUGCUGCCCACUGUUGGAGGCCGACCACUCUGAUGAAGGUGGUGUUGAGUGAGCAUAGCCUGUCGAAAGAGGAAGGUUUUGAACAGGUCUUCAAUGUCUCCAAGAUAUUUGUGCACAACUAUAACUACAGGACAUUCAACAAUGAUAUCAUGCUCAUUAAGCUUAGUGAACAAGCAAAGCUCAAUGCUAACGUCCAGCCAGCCCAGCUGCCUGAAGAAAACACCCCUCCUGUUCUCGAUCACACCACUUGCACAGUGAGUGGCUGGGGUGUGACACGAAUCUACAAUUACUACCUCUCCCCCGUGCUGCGUGCUGUGGAUGUGCAGAUCAUCCCCUACUGCUACUACUACUACUGGGGCAGGAUCACUGACAACAUGCUGUGUGCUGGGUCCCGAUUCGGGGGCAAAGAUUCCUGCCAGGGUGACUCGGGUGGCCCCCUUAUCUGCAAUGGCUAUUUCGAAGGCAUCGUCUCAUGGGGUAUCAGCUGCGCCAACCCGUACUUUCCUGGGGUCUACACCAAAGUGAGGAAAUACACCAGGUGGAUCAACUGGCUCAUCGACAACGACUCAUCUUAA